AUGAUUAUAUCAUAUCUUGCACGCAUUGUGCUCCUUUUGCCCGAACUCUCAUCGGGUGAUGCGGAUCGACUCGCCGAAAUCGCCGCUGCUCAGGAGCAAAACUUCCAAUUAGGCAAUAUCCCGGAUCGAGAUGGUCUUCCUCCAAUACCGAUUCCACAACAACAUGAACGACGGCGGGAGGGCGGAAAACGGAAGAAGCAGCGUAAAGACAAAACAAAAUCGGUGGAUGAGCCAUGCAUAAUGAUUAACGAGACCCUACGAAAACAUCUAUUACAGGACCUCUUCGACGAUUCAUAUGACAAAAACAAUCUGCCUAGCGCAAAUGCAACUGAGGUUAUUGUCGAGCUCACUGUGCAAUCAAUCACGGAAAUCAGUGAGUUUUCGUCAAGUUUCAAAGCCGAUGUGUGGUUUUCGCAAAUUUGGCGCGAUCCAAGAUUGGAUUUCUCGGAUCGAAACUAUUGCUUAAAAAACAUCUCGCUUGCGUCGCACAAAUUGCCGACUAUGUGGUCGCCAAACGUAUGCUUCGCCAAUAGCAAAAAGGUUGAAAUACACGCCUCGCCAUCGCAGAACAUUUUGCUUCUUAUAUUCCCAAAUGGCACUGUUUGGCUUAACUUCAGAGUAUCACUGAUUGGACCAUGCAAAUUAGACCUCACAUAUUUUCCGAUGGAUAGACAAUCAUGCAAUCUUAUUUUCGAGAGCUAUUCGUAUAAUACAGCAGAAGUACGAAUUGUCUGGAGAGAUUGGGAGCCGGUAUCAAUUCCAGAUCCUGACUCGAAGAACUUGCCAGAUUUCGAAUUAGUCGAAAUAAAGCAUUUGAAUGCGACCCUAGUGUAUACUGCUGGGCUUUGGGAUCAAUUGGAAGUUCAAUUCACCUUUCGAAGAUUAUACGGUUACUAUGUACUACAAGCAUACAUGCCGACGUAUUUGUCAGUUUUUAUUUCUUGGAUUGCUUUUUGGAUUGAUACAAAGGCUCUUCCAGCCAGAAUCACACUUGGCGUCUCCUCUUUGAUGGCUCUCACUUUUCAAUUUGGAAAUAUUGUCAAGAAUCUUCCUCGUGUCAGUUAUGUCAAGGCUCUUGAUAUAUGGAUGUUUGGAUGUGUCGGUUUCAUUUUUCUUUCUCUUGUCGAGCUGGCAGUUGUUGGAUUUGCGGACAAGCUCGAUGCAAAAAGGAGGCGACAUAAUAAGUGCAAAGAGCAAUUGAUGAUGCGCAGUGAUUCAGAGCAACAGUGGCUUUCACGAUUAUCAGGUCAAAGACCGCAUGCUAUUGAACCCAACUCUGAUCACCAUAGCCACAUUUUACAAAUAAAUGAUGGAAAUGGAAAUCUCCGUCGACAAAGAAGUGAAGAGAAGCGACAAAAACUAUUAAUGCAAAUGGAGCAUCCCAUGCACGUGAAUGGAGAGAAAAUAGAUGAAAUUUCUGCAAAACUGUUUCCCUUACUAUUCACUGCGUUUAAUAUUUUUUAUUGGUUCUAUUAUAUCGGAAUGUCAGGAGGAUUUUUGUAG